UCCAUCGUAUUGAUCAGCAUACACUAUGUCAGUUUCAUGUUAAUAAACGACUACAUGCAUUUGGUCUGGAUCGGACAAUUUAAGUGGAAUUAGUCAAACUAAAACACCAAUGGCGUACAAAGGUGUUGUGUUAACGUCAUUAUUUGCAGAUGAAUACCUCAAGCAGGCUGGUGCUAGUUCGUAUGUUUGAAUGACGUGUCUCCAUGAAGGAAGUCAAACUUGGUUUCUUCGCACUGGUGGUAGUUUCCUUCUACCUUGUGUUUCUUUACCUCGCUCUCAGCACCGGCAAGCUUCUGCACUGGAAAGGAUUCAAAGGUUCAGAGCCCUGGUUGAAGGCGCGGUAUGUACACAAAGCAGCUGAUGUACCUACAGCCAAACACAACACGUCACACAUCCGGGUAUUUUGCUGGAUUACCACACAAGAACAGGCACUGAAUAACAAAAUCCCUGCAUUGAACGAGACCUGGGCGAGAAGAUGCGACAACAAGAUCUUCAUCAUGACAACAAACAUCACCACACCUGGACAUUCUAUAAUCGACUUCCACAUCAAGGAAGGUCGGAAACGUCUAACCAAAAAGACGAUAGCAGCAAUGAAAUACAUCUAUGAUCACUAUUUGAAGGAUUAUGAUUGGUUCUUGAAGGCAGAUGACGACACGUAUAUUGUCAUGGAAAACCUGAAAUACCUCCUGUCGUUCUAUAACCCGGAUGAGGCGGUGUACCUGGGGCACCUGUUCAAGAUGUUCCUCAACCCCGGGUACAUGAGUGGGGGUGCCGGGUAUGUCCUCAGUCGCCAUGCUGUACGCAGACUAGUAGAACAAGGAUACAAUGUGAAGGGUGCGUGCCGGAAGGGAGGUCGUUACGAGGACGUGGAUUUAGCGGUAUGCUUGAAGAAGGUUGGCGUGCCUGUGUAUAAUUCUCUAGACAACACUGGUCGGGAGACCUUCUACCCUUUUAACCUUGGAGACUACAUAAUGGGGACCCUUCCUAAACAGUUACACCUGUAUGAUCGACACCCGGCUAAAACGGGUAUGAUGUGCUGCAGCAAGUUGCCGAUCAGUUUCCACAAAGUGACCCCGAGAGACAUCCGAAUGUUGGAGUUCCUGCUGUACAGGGCAGUUGUGUAUGGACGUGACAAUGACUGGACUCAGUUCAACCACUUCUUCAAAGCAGAGACAGAACCCCCUUUACCGACCGGAAACGGAAAAGAAGAAUGAAACAGGGUUCUUCAUACUGGCUCGGUGUUUACUGAGCUCUGACAAGUGCCUUAUUUUGCUCACAUGUAUGAAUGGAUUUGUUACUACAGAAAGACAAUUGGCAUGCAAAAACGACCUGACAAACUUUACAAGAUAUGAUCAUGGUAUUUUGUGUGUUAGUUAACGCCUCAUGCCGCCAUUUCCAGCUAUAUGACGGUGGUCUGUAAAUAAUCGAGUCUGGACCAGGCAAUCCAGU